AUGAAGAAAAACAUCAUAGUACUAAACCCUUUAACUUUUUCUUUCUUUCUCUUCAUUAUUACCCUCUUCUCUCACUCCCAAAACGACGACGCUUCAAUCAUGUUAUCUCUCAAAAAAGCUAUCAACCCACCCGUUUCACUCGGUUGGUCCGACCCGGAUCCAUGUAAGUGGACCCACGUUUCAUGCUCCGACGACAAUCGUGUUACUCGAAUCCAAAUCGGUCGUCAGAAUCUCCGCGGCACACUCCCUCUGAAUCUCCAUAACUUAACCGAGUUACAACACUUGGAGCUUCAGUUCAACAAUUUCUCGGGUCCUCUCCCGAGUUUAAACGGGUUAAACUCGCUUCAAGUAUUCAUGGCGAGUAGUAACGGUUUUACGGUGUUUCCUGGAGAUUUUUUUGCUGGGAUGUCUCAGCUUGUUUCUGUGGAGAUCGAUGAUAACCCUUUUGAGCCUUGGGAGAUUCCUGUGUCUCUUAAAGAUGCUUCUUCGCUUCAGAAUUUUUCUGCUAACAAUGCUAAUGUGAAGGGUAAGUUACCGGAUUUUUUUGGUGAUGAUGUUUUUCCUGUUCUGACCCUUUUGCAUUUGGCCUUCAAUAGUCUUGAGGGUGUGUUGCCGAAGAGUUUUUCUGGUUUAAAGGUUGAGUCUUUGUGGUUGAAUGGUCAGAAGAGUGAUGGUAAGCUUACUGGGUCGGUUGAGGUUUUGCAGAAUAUGACUUCUUUGACUGAGGUUUGGUUGCAUUCUAAUGCUUUUAACGGUCCUUUACCUGGUUUUGAAGGGUUGAAGGAUUUAGCAGUUUUGAGUUUAAGGGAUAACUCUUUCACCGGUGUUGUUCCCAGUUCAUUGGUUAGCUUGAAGUCGCUUAAAGUUGUGAACUUGACUAAUAACUUGUUUCAGGGUCCUGUGCCUGUUUUUGGUGCUGGGGUUGAGGUUGAUAAUGUUAAGGAUUCUAAUAGCUUUUGUUUGUCUAGUCCUGGUGAUUGUGAUGCUAGAGUGCAGGUUCUUCUUUCUAUUGUUGGGGCUAUGGGUUAUCCUUUGAAGUUUGCUGAGAGUUGGAAGGGGAAUGAUCCUUGUGUUAAUUGGAUUGGGAUUACUUGUAGUGACGGGAACAUUAGUGUUGUUAAUUUUCAAAAGAUGGGUCUUAGUGGUGUCAUAUCUCCGGAGUUUGCUAAGCUUAAGUCGCUGCAAAGACUUAUUCUUUCCGAUAACAAUAUCACGGGUUUGAUUCCUAAUGAGCUUACUACUUUGCCAAUGCUAACUCAGUUGAAUGUUGCAAACAAUCAUCUCUAUGGAAAAACACCUAGUUUCAAGAGGAAUGUAGUUGUGACUACUAGUGGAAACAUUGAUAUGGGGAAGGAUAAGAGCAGUCUUUCACCUCAGGGGUCGCUGUCUCCUAAUGGUACUGAUGCGAAUGUCGGAAAUGGUGGGAGUUCUGGAAAUGGUGGCAAAAAGCCUUCUCGUGUAGGAUUGAUUGUGUUUGCUGUUGUUGGUGCUGUUUUUGUGGCCUCUUUGAUUGGUUUCUUUGUCUUCUGCUUGCUAAGGAUGAAGCAAAAGAAGUUAAGUAGGGUGCAGAGUCCGAAUGCACUAGUUAUUCACCCUCGGCAUUCUGGAUCAGAUAACGAAAGUGUGAAGAUAACAGUUGCAGGUUCGAGUGUCAGUGUUGGAGGCGUGAGUGAAGGUCACGCCGUGCCCAACAGUGAGAUGGGAGAUAUUCAAAUGGUUGAAGCGGGAAACAUGGUCAUUUCAAUACAGGUUUUAAGGAGUGUUACAAACAAUUUCAGCGAGAAAAAUAUAUUGGGACAAGGAGGUUUUGGAACGGUUUAUAAAGGUGAACUCCACGAUGGUACAAGAAUUGCAGUGAAAAGAAUGGAGUGUGGGGCAAUAGCCGGCAAGGGUGCGUCCGAAUUUAAGUCUGAAAUUGCUGUUUUGACAAAGGUUCGUCACCGGCAUCUUGUUGCUCUUCUCGGAUACUGCUUGGAUGGGAACGAGAAGCUUCUUGUGUAUGAGUACAUGCCUCAGGGGACCUUAAGUAGAUAUAUUUUUAAUUGGCCGGAAGAAGGGCUCGAACCACUUGCAUGGAAUAGGAGAUUGAUCAUUGCCUUAGAUGUCGCUAGGGGUGUCGAGUACCUUCAUAGCUUGGCUCAUCAAAGCUUCAUACACAGAGACUUAAAACCUUCAAACAUUCUCCUUGGAGAUGAUAUGAGGGCCAAGGUCGCAGAUUUUGGUCUUGUGCGUCUCGCUCCCGAAGGGAAAGCCUCAAUUGAAACAAGAAUUGCAGGAACUUUUGGAUAUUUAGCUCCGGAAUAUGCAGUUACCGGCCGCGUGACAACUAAAGUUGAUGUAUUCAGCUUUGGAGUAAUACUGAUGGAGCUGAUAACUGGAAGAAAAGCACUUGACGAGAGCCAACCCGAGGAUAGCAUGCACCUUGUAGCAUGGUUCCGAAGAAUGUACUUAGAUAAGGACUCAUUCCGCAAGUCCAUCGACCCCACAAUUGAUAUCAACGAGGAAACACUCGCUAGUAUUCACACCGUAGCAGAGUUAGCUGGUCACUGCAGUGCAAGGGAGCCAUAUCAAAGACCAGACAUGGGACACGCGGUUAACGUGCUUUCAUCUCUUGUUGAACAAUGGAAACCGUCCGAUUCAAAUUCCGAAGAUAUAUACGGUAUCGACCUUGACUUGUCUUUACCACAAGCACUCAAGAAAUGGCAAGCUUAUGAAGGUGCAAGUCAAUUGGAGUCGACGUCUUCUUCUUCGCUUCUUCCAAGUUUGGAUAACACUCAAACGAGUAUACCUACUCGUCCAUACGGAUUUGCCGAUUCUUUCACGUCGGCAGAUGGUAGAUGA